AUGAUCCUUGCUCUGUUCUGCCGUACUGAAAACUCCGAUGGCAAGCUGAUUAUGGAAGGAUCCGCCGGGUUGAUGAAUGGUUUCACGACGUUAACAAACACCAAGAAGCACGCCUAUGGUCAAGCCUUCGAGGAAGAUCCGUUGCCAUUCAAGAAUCCCAUUGAUGGUACCGUGACUUCUUUCUCUAUCACCUUCUUCUUUGCUAUCGUCCCUGAGCACAGACACAAAGGCUCUCACGGUAUGGCCUUUGUGAUCUCUCCCACGAGAGGCAUCCCAGGUGCAUCCGCCGAUCAGUACUUAGGCAUCUUCAAUCAUGCAAACAACGGAAACAGCUCCAAUCAUGUCGUCGCCGUGGAGCUCGAUAUUCAUAAAGAUGAUGAAUUUGGUGACAUUGAUGAUAACCAUGUUGGUAUCAACAUAAACGGAAUGAGAUCUAACGUAUCUGCUCCUGCUGGUUAUUAUGAUCCAAAGGGUCAGUUCAAAAAACUUUCUUUGAUCAGUGGAAAUCUACUCCGAGUCACGAUUUUGUAUAGCAAGAAGGAGAAACAGCUUAGUGUCACCUUGUCACCAGCAGAGGAGGCUAAUAUACCAAAGCGGCCGCUUCUUUUGCUGAACCAAGAUCUGUCUCCUUAUCUCUUAGAGGAAAUGUAUGUCGGCUUUGCAGCCUCUACAGGGGCAAUUGGAGCAAUACAUUACAUGUGGAUGUGGCAUGUCUCUCUCUCCUAUAUGGUUCCGAACUUAGACUUUGGGAUACCGACGUUUCCUCCAUAUCCCAAGACAAAAUCUCAAGUAAUUCGGAUUGUUUUGGUGACCUGCUUGGCAUUGGCUCUCUUUGCUGCGCUGGUUGCAUCAGCUGUAAGUCUCUUCUUAUAUAGGAGACACAAAAUGGUUCAGCAGGUUCUAGAGGAAUGGGAGAUUCAGUGUGGACCUCACAGGUUUACUUACAAGGAACUCUUUAAAGCCACGAAGGGUUUCAAACAACUUCUAGGCAAAGGAGGUUUUGGUCAGGUCUUUAAAGGCACGCUUCCAGGUUCCGAUGCAGAGAUUGCUGUUAAAAGCGUUUCUCAUAAUUCAAGUCAAGGAAUGCGUGAAUUCUUGGCCGAGAUUUCGACUAUUGGUCGUCUUAGACACCCUAAUCUAGUCAGGCUUCUCGGUUAUUGCAGGUACAAAGAAGAGCUCUACUUGGUUUAUGACUUUAUGCCCAAUGGAAGCCUUGACAAGUACCUCUACGGCGGAUCAGAUGAAGAACAGCUCUCAUGGACUCAACGUUUCAAGAUCAUCAAAGACGUUGCAUCUGCGCUCUCCUAUCUCCAUCACGAAUGGCUACAAGUAGUGAUUCAUAGAGACAUUAAGCCAGCAAAUGUCCUGAUUGACGACAAGAUGAAUGCAAGUCUUGGAGAUUUCGGAUUGGCUAAGCUAUAUGAUCAAGGGUAUGAAGCUCAGACCUCUAGGGUAGCUGGAACAUUCGGGUAUAUGGCACCAGAGCUCAUGAGAACCGGAAGACCAACCACCGGAACAGAUGUUUACGCAUUUGGUGUAUUUAUGCUUGAAGUUUCUUGCGGUAGAAAACUGUUUGAGCCAAGAGCGGAGCCCGAAGAGGUCGUUCUUGCGGAUUGGGCGAUCAAUCGUUGGGAAAACGGUGAUAUUGUAGAGGCGGCUAAUGAAAGAAUCCGACAAGAUCAUGAUAAGGGACAGCUUGAGCUUGUUCUGAAGCUAGGAGUGUUAUGUUCGCACCAGGCUGAAGAGGUUAGGCCGGAUAUGGCUACGGUGGUUAAGAUCUUGGGCGGAGUUUCUGAGCUUCCGGAUAAUCUGCUUGAUAUUGUUAGAACCGAGAAGUUGGGAAAAUGGUACGAGACAUACGGAAACGUGCUUGAUACGGAGAUGACAAUGGGAUCUGCAGGUAACUUGACCAUCACGGAACCGAUGACUUCCGUUGGGAGGUAA